UGCCCUCUUCAAAGACCGUGAGAAAUGUGGGACUUCGGGUAGUGUCAACAAGAAACAAAACGACCAAUAAAUGCUGUCUACGCCCCAAAUGAAGGCAUCAAUGAAUUAGAACGUAAUGGACAUUUUUUGUUUGUUAGAAGCGACAAUUUUCACGGGAAUCGAUGAUCACGCCGUACGUAAACUUAAUAUUUGCGAGUUACUCCUGAACGCAACAGCAUGGCAAAAGUUAAACACGAGCAUGUUUUGACACUGGUCAAAUCGAUCACGAGACGCCACUUAAUUUAUUGACAAACUUUACAAAAACCUUAAUUUCCGACUUUCCCAUCUAUUAUUCAAUUUUUUUCUUUAUUUUCAAGACCGUUGCUAAAAGCAGGUUGGCCCCACGAUACGCCAGCGUGUUCGCCAUAUUGAAUGUGUCAACAGACUAGAAAUCUCAGUUCGUUUUCCUCGCUCUUCUGUUUAAAUUAAGAUUACCAGUAACAAUCCUAAACCGAAUUUCAAACAGCCAUUGUAAGCAAAAUCAGUGAACGCAACAAACGCGGUGCUUAAUUUGGGUCAAUUUAGUCAUUCAAUUUAGUCACUUCAGAUCGGUGCUCCAGCUGCUGAUCACACCUUUUUUUGGUUACUUCACGUCACAAACCCACCGGUCUUCAUUCCUACCUCAUGACUUCUGACUAUCGCACAAAAGCCAACCGACGUCGGCGGCCGGUGAUUUCUGAUCCCUGCAUGCAGAUGUAGGGCGCCCCCAUUGCUGCUCGCUGCACUUUGGGAUGGUGCUAAGAUAUCAGGCACCUCAAAUUUAAGACAGACAUUGGACACACAGCAAAGCUCACACCAUGAGGGACCGACUGAGCAACAUGCAGGAAUUGUCCAGCAACCACGUGGAAUCGAUGGAGUAUUCCGAGUCGGCUUUAUCGGACUCCCUUAGCAACGUGGACUUGGAGGACGAGCUCCCCCAUGAGGCGGUGGUGUUCGACAACAGCCCCGCCGUGGCAAAGAUCUUCGAGCAGGCGCAGGCCAUCCACAAAGACGUCCAGCUCAUUCGUCUGGAGGUGAAACGGCUGCGCGAGCAGAACUCUCGCAUGUUCCAGGGCGUCACCACCAUGAGCACCAUCAAGAGGGACGCAAACACCAUCGGCGCCGACAUAAAGACUCGGGCCGAGCGCGUUUUGUCCAACCUGCGGGACAUGGAUAACACGGCCCACAAAUUGGAUGAAAUCCACGGCCCCAAUUCAGCCGUCACGCGCAUCGCCCGGACCCAGUACGCCUGCCUGAGCAACGGCUUCCGUGACGCUAUGUUUGAUUAUAAUGAGGCGGAAAUGAGCCACCGAGACAACUGUAAAGCCCAGAUCCAGAGGCAGAUGGAAAUCGUGGGGCGCGACGUGACCGGCGAUGAGGUGGAGGAGAUGAUCGAGAAAGGCCACUGGAACAUCUUUACCGACAACAUCAUGGCGGAGGGCAAAACGGCCCGCACGGCUCUAUCCCUGAUCGAGAAGCGUCACCAGGAACUGGUGGACCUGGAGAACCGCAUCAAGGGGGUCCACGAGAUCUUCCUGGAUGUCGCCCUGCUGGUGGAGGAGCAAGGCCCCAUGCUCAACUCCAUCGAGACCAAUGUUCAGAAAACAGACGAGAACUUGCAGGAUGCGCUCUUUAAACUCGGCAAGGCCAAGCGUCACGACAGGAACAAUCCGUUUAAAAAGAUGUUUUGUAGUUGCUUCCCUUGCUUUGACUAAAGCGAGGAGUGAAAGCCCGUGUGAAUCCACAAGUUACACAAACACUCGACACAAGAUGUGACCCACGGCUGCGUUGUGUGUGUGCCACGUGUUUCCCGUUUAAUGAGUGAAACAGAGGGAGGAGUUUCAAUCAGAAUUUCCUGCAGGGUGAAUUUUCUGUUUCCAGGAAGUGAAACGCGGAAGUUAGUGAGAGACGCUGGGAUAAAAAUACUUUCGAGAUUACGCUCGGGUUAUUUGUUUGAAAGAAUUCUCACAGGUAGGAGAACAGGAAACGAGAAAAUGAGUUUCCACACGGAGAAUGAUCAUAAUGACAAAACAAUGACCAUCACGCAAUCAGACUAUAUUUCGCAAAACAUAAUUCCGAGUCAUAGUCUCAAAAUUAAUUUCCAAUAUGUCCUCAUCCAGUCAAAA